UAUUUACAUUUUUUAAUGUGAACUUUUCAUAGAUACUGUCUGAAAUAUUCCAGUUUGUUUUAAUUUAAAUGUUUGAUUAUAAUAAACUUGUAUGACAUUGAAUUGUACUUCAGAACAUUGAGUAUUGUUAUUGUGUAUUUAGUUAAUGAUUUUACGAGUCCUAUUAAAAAUUUAUUUAUCUAUCAUUUACUUUAUCAUAAUAGUUUCGUGUUGUUGAUAAUAGAAUAUAAAAUCUGAACGAAAUGAUUAAAAGAGGUAAAUGAUACACAAAUUAGACAAUAUCGUUAGAAUUUAUCGAUGACGAUUUAAUAGUUGGCCGACCAUUCCUGUAUAUGUGUAGUACUCGUUCAUACAAUGAACACCACUAUACCGGACGCGGUCCAUCCACGAUUUCUAAAGAAACCAGUGUUUUUAUACAGCGGACUGAAAAUAGCACUGGUUCAGAUGUCUGUUGGUCCCGAUAAGGCCAAGAAUGUGGAGGCUGCAGUCAAGGAAAUACACAAAGCCAAGGAGUUGGGCGCUCAACUAGUUGCUCUGCCCGAGUGCUUCAAUUCACCUUAUGGAACUCAGUACUUCUCGGAGUACGCGGAGGAGGUGCCCGGCGGCAGCACGUGCGCGGCGCUGGCGGAGGCUGCGGCCGCGGCCCGCGUGUGUGUGGUGGGCGGCACGCUGCCCGAGCGCUGCGGGCCGCGCCUCUACAACACCUGCACAGUCUGGGGGCCCGCCGGGGAGCUGCUCGCCAAGCACAGGAAGGUCCAUUUAUUUGACAUAGACAUUCCGGAUAAGAUAACGUUCAAGGAGUCAGACGUAUUAUCCCCGGGUGACCAGAUCACAUCCUUUGAGUACCACGGCAUUAAAAUUGGACUCGGUAUCUGCUAUGAUCUACGGUUCGCGGAGAUGGCUCAGAUUAUGACCGAUCAAGGAUGCUCACUGCUGGUGUACCCGGGCGCGUUCAACAUGACGACGGGCCCGCAGCACUGGGAGGUGCUGGGGCGCGGGCGCGCGGCCGACCUGCAGGUGUGGGUGGCGCUGGUGAGCCCGGCGCGCGGCCGCGACGGCUACCUCGCCUGGGGACACUCGCUGCUGGCCGACCCCUGGGGGCGCCUCGUCGCGCAGCUCGACCACCAGCCCGGCACGCUGCUCGCCGACAUAGAUCUGAAUACAUUAGAAGAAGUACGAACACAAAUACCCGUAAGGAGGCAGAAAAGGAAUGAUAUCUAUGAAGUUCUGAACAAGACAAGCAAAAGUGAAACCUCUUAAGUGUAUAGAAAUAUACCCAGCACAUUGCAGGCAUGACAAGAGCUGUGUGGCGUGGUAUAUACAUUGAGUAUCAUUAUAUUAAUACAUGAAGCAAAACUUUGUAUUCGUUUUACGAAAAUGUGUCCAUAAGACUAAUCUGGCAGAACUAAAGUUUAUAUAAUAAUAAUGUCCCUGGACCAUUCACACAUUUAAUCAUAAGUUAAGAUCUAGUGUUAUGGGUAGUGUGUGUAUGUGAAAACACCCCUCCGAUCGAUCGAUCGUAUUCGAACCCGCAUUAAAAAGAAAUAUUAAAAAAAAAAUGUAAUAUUUGACCAUUUAUUAAUUGUAAGUAGAGAUACAUGUUACAAAUAUAUAUUUUUUUAAUAUUGU